AGAAAGAGACCUUCUAAAAACGUUCAAAUGUCUGACUGGCAUGCAAAACCUUCAAUCAGAGUGAAUUAAUGAAGACGCGGCACACCACUUCUGAUAGGUUGCCGAUCCCUGCUUUAAGCUCUCUCACUCUAUUCUUUCAACCUUUUUCUCCUGGAAACCUGUCAAAAAAUACAUGGUGAUGAAUGCUAUCGAGGUAUAUGCUAUUGUCGUGUCAAGGGGCCCCAGGGUAACUGUGAAUUCCUAGCGUGACAGGCUCUCCGGUGCAAUAGACAGAACCAUCCAAUAACACAGGAGCCGUGUCCGUUUUAGACCCACCCGCCACCCCUGAGCAAUUAGAGGACCGUGGCUGAGUGUAGCCCCGCGCAGAGUGACACACCCUGUGGGGUUUAGGGAACUCGGCUGCUUUGAGCUCAUUGGGUGACUUACCCCAAGAGCUGAGUCACAUCACAGCCAGAGGGAUCUGGUCUUGCUAAAUCCCAUCUCCCGGUGGAGAAAUUGCAGAGCCGCAGGGCGAUUCAUUUCUUUGCAGCCCGUCCUCAGCCACAGAGGGUAGCCAGGAUCGCCCUGCCAGCCAGACGUCCCCAUCCGAACCGCUCCAGGCUCUGGCUCCAUUUGGUGAGGCUCUCCGACGCCCGCUGCCCCACGUUGUCAGGAUGGAGGGGGCUCUUCUUCGACCUUCUUUUCUUUUGCUUCUUCUGCUCCUACAGCCGGGAGAGUACUACAGAGCAGCCGCAGAUGAGGCGGAGCUGACCGGGAUUCUGGGAGGGUCGGUCACUUUCCCCCUGAGGAUCUCAGCAGAACAGAAAUUUAAAAACGGGGCCUGGUCGGUAAACACAAGGAGUCUAGUCACCGUCACUGCAGGGAAACCUCCCCACGUCCUGGUGUUUAACCCAUCCUACGAGGGACGCCUGCGAUUCUCUGAUGACAGCUACUCGCUUCAGAUCACCGAUCUGAGGAUGGAGGACACGGGCAGCUACACCGUCGAAUUCAACACAGACAAAGAGCAAUUCGCCUACAGAGAAUUCACGCUGCACGUGUCCAAGGGACAACUGCCACCCACCAUCGCCUGUGACUCAGUGGCCUGUGAGGACGACGCCUGUAUCUACACCCUGCGCUGCGCUGUCAGGGAUGGAAGGGAGAACGUGACCUACAGCUGGAGUAAAGCCCCCAGCAGCGUUCUGUCCACGGACUCCAUCGUGCACAUCCCUCAGCGGCACCAGGCGGCUCGUGAGAACAUCACCUGCACGGCACGUGUCCCCGACGGGAACAGCUCCAGGAGGACGGUCUCCCCGAAGGACUUCUGCGCAGAGCAAGUGCCGGCGACAACGAUUGUCUGUGACUCGGUGACCUGUGACAAUGGAACCUGUCACUACACCAUGCGCUGCGUGGCCGGGGAGAGAGGGGGACAGGUGACCUACAGCUGGACUCAAAAGGACAGCGGCGUGGUCGUAUCCACCAGAGCCACUCUGCGUGUCUCUCGGAGACCUUUCGAGGCUCUCCCGGCUGUCAUCUGCACAGCCCGGCACCCCGCCAGUAACAGCUCCAGGAUGAUCUCCCCGAAGGACCUGUGUCCAGGUAACCUCCCGGAUUCCCCACCAGACCGGUCCCUGGCCUCGUUGCUGUCCUACCACCUCACCAUCCUGCUGCUGGCGCUGGGAGCCCUGAGCGCCGGCCUCAUCGCGUAGCACGGCCUCCCCGGCAGGGAGCGGAGAUGGGACCAAGACCAGAGGAGCUUUCACUGCGACUGCCAAUCCCACCAGGCACCGGCAUUCCCCAGCCUGCCAGGCCAAGGGAUGCAAGGGUGGGAGGACAGGGGACACUCACUUGCAGCGUCCGAAGGGUUAAUAUCACUGUGUAGGGAGCAAAGCAGAAACACUGGGUCCAGCAACGGGGCUGUCAUGUCAACUCUCUGAGCCUAUGGUGAAAUCGUUAUUCACAUAAAUAUCUGGGAUUGGUUGUAUUUUAAUACCGAGGAUAUCUGGUAGCAGUGAGUUCCACAGGUUAACUCCCCAUCUCAUAAAUAAAGUCUCUGCCAUUUGA